GUUUUAUAUACAUCUCCACCAAAAGUCUACAAUUUGGCUGCAUAAUGUCACAAAUUUGCCAAACGGCACAGAAUUGAUCGAUUGUAAAAAAGGCCGAGUAAUUGGACUAUCAACUAAUUUACAAAGAACUAUGAAGCAUGCAUAAGGUUUUUGAUAGCUUUUCUCUCUUUUAUUUAUUUUAGUUUUGUCCUACGUUUAACCCGGAUCUAAUGUCAAAAUCGAUUUUCAUUUAAGUAAUUCUGGUUCUCUCAACUUUUUAUCUAUUUUUUGUAUACGUGGAAUAUUUUGUAUGCAAAAUAAAACUCUUUUUCCUCAGAGUCAAAUGUUAUUGGGUUGACUUUCUCUCAAGACAAGAAAGACGUAAGAAAUUCUACGCUAUAUUUUAGCAAUGGGUUGAAUACUCUCCUUCUCUGGACUGUUUUCUCCUUAUCAAAAUGGGCGUGGAUAACGUAACUUUUCUCAUCAUGUGGUUUAUGGUUAUGUUCGUUACAUUAUCGUCAGGAAUUCUCGUCAUCAUGUAUCGAGUUGGAUGCUUCAAGUGCGACAGAAAAAUCGGCGUUGCAGACCUCCCUACCAGUUUGCAGAAAUUGAUCCGACCCCAACAAUCCCAGCAGCAGCAGAAACAGGGAGAGCAAGAAAGGGACGCCGAAGCUGCUACUGCCGAUGGGAUACGUUUGGAAGACAUGAGUCCACGUGAUCAGCAGUCACACCCCCACAACAAUCAGCCCCACUCGUCGUCAUCGGCCAGGACGGUGGGGCCGGCCCCACGGAUUCUGCUCCAACGUCAGCACACUGACCGGAGUGAGGGGAGCAGUGGCGGAGGUCGCGGCGUUGGGCCCAACAAGGUCUGCACCGUUUGUGGCGAACCUUUGGGACCGGAAGAGGAGACGACGGACAAUAGCCACCCCUCCUGCAGAGACAUGGAUGCAUCAUUUUUUUGAAAGACUUGCUUGAUAAUGACUGUCAACCAAUGCAUUCACAUCACACAUAUGUACAACUUCUGUACCUUCAUCAUCUCUAAUGGUCUCCUGCUCAAUACUCUAUUUUACUCAUUUAUCG